UACCGAAUAACAAUUGAAAUUGAAUCACAAUCCCAAUCACAAAAUAUAAUACGUGUAUUCGGUAAUACUAAAUAUAGACAAAUUUGGUACGAUAUUCGGUAUAUCCCAAAUACCGGUACCAAAUUUCCAGCGUGUUUGAUGUAUAUGUUAUAAACCCGCUAAAGUCCUAGCCAGGGCAAAAAGUUUCUCCACUCGAUCCUACUCUUUACAGAAGUCCAGAGAAUAUGGGUAGUCAAGUAGUCUGGCUGGCCCAUUAGAAUGGACUCCAGUGAACUGUCCGUGGAACAGCUCAAGCCCAAAUCUGACUUUUCCAACAUAAAAAGCACUGGAAAUUGGUCGUUAAUCCAAAACCCUUGCUAAAACCCGCGUCAGGUGAGCUGAGCACUGAAGAAGAACGCUCCGGGAGAGAAAAAGAGAAGGGAAAUGGGGAAGAAGAAAAGGAGAGCUGAAGUUGAAACUGAACCUGAACUACCUGAAGCAGCGACUGUUUCAGCUGCCAAGGCCGAUAGUGAUCAGGGUUUCAUCAAUGGAGAUUCCAACAAAAAGACAAAGAAGAAGAAGAAGAAGAAGACGAGGAAUAUAGAAAAUGAAGGAGGCGAUGAGAAAGAGACGGAAAGAGAGAACGGAGCCAAGGAGCUGCCUACCGUUAGCGUAGCCGUAUCCGGUUCCAUUAUCGAUAACGCUCAAUCGCUUGAACUCGCCACUCGCCUGGCUGGUCAGAUUGCUCGUGCCGCUACCAUCUUUCGGAUAGACGAGGUGGUGGUAUUCGAUAAUAAGGCCACUUCUUCGAAAGAGGAUCCCACUACAACAAUGAACAGCGUUUCAGAUGGGAAUGAAAGUGGGGCGGUUUUUCUAGUCAGGAUCUUGAGGUAUCUUGAAACUCCGCAGUAUCUGCGGAAGGCUCUGUUUCCUAAACAUAAUAGCUUACGAUUUGUGGGAAUGUUGCCUCCGCUUGACGCCCCGCACCACCUUCGCAAGCAUGAGUGGGGGCCAUUCCGGGAAGGGAUCACAUUGCAUGAGAAAUGUCCAGACCCUGCUGGAACACUGGUCGAUGUAGGUCUGACCAAGAGUGUUGUGAUUGAUCAACGAAUUGAAGCAGGGACAAGGGUAACGGUAGCUAUGGGAACUGAUCGGAAUUUGGAUUCAGGCAUGCCACGACCAAUUGUUCCAUUGUCCAAGCCCAGGGAGGAAUCAGGAAUGUACUGGGGGUACCGAGUGCGAUAUGCUUCAAAUAUCAGUUCUGUGUUCAAGCAUUGUCCAUUCAAGGGUGGAUACGACCACUCUAUUGGUACAUCUGAGCAUGGUCUAAAAUUAAGUUCAUCAGAGCUUUCUCUGCCUCCUUUCAAGCAUCUGUUGAUUGCUUUUGGUGGACUUGCUGGGUUGGAAGAAGGUGUUGAAGAAGACAGCAGCUUAAAGGGCACAAAUGUCCGAAAGGUGUUUGACUCAUACCUGAACACAUGUCCAGAUCAAGGGAGUCGGACAAUUCGAACAGAGGAAGCAAUCCUCAUAUCCCUCCAAUAUUUCCAAGAACCUAUAAACCGCUUUCUGCAGAGAUUUCAUCACUGAGUUCAACAACUUUGGACAUAAGCAACUCUCAAGACAUUAUGAGCUGUGACAAGUAUACGACCGAUCAUAUUCGUGCCUAAACUUGCGCGAAGGAUGACGAGGAUCUUGCAAUCUUUCAACGAGCUAGUUAGUAGGUUCAGAUUUUGUAACUUCAUCUUUCUCUCUCCUUUUAUUUUUCUGUCCAGGUUAGGUAAAAUCUUUGUUUACCUUCUGGAAUCAUUACAUUGAAAUGUGAAUUCAUCAAAGCAAAUCGCUAGAUGGUGGUGUAGACUAAGAGAUGACUAUCUUUGGCUUCCAUAUUCGAAUGUUGAGGUUUUGAUCUCUUGUUUCUUAGAGCAUGGUAAGCAGGUAAAAGAGCCAUAACCGAAUUCAUUGUUUUUCAAAAUCAAUUGCUGUGCAAAAUUAACUUUCAAAUGAAAUGUUAUGAUUUGUUUUUAUAAGGACUACAAAAAAAUGUGAAUAUGCAGUGAACAAACAAAUGAGAAAUGGGGACGUGAGGUCUUUGGCCGGCUGGGGAACGGCUUCGGCUGGAACUUCUUCCUCCGGCUUCGUCUUUCUCCUUCCAGGGUGAGCGGCUAGGGGUGGGCAACGGGACGGGAUACCUGUCCUAUUUGAAACAGGUACCCAGUCCCGUUUAGAGACCAAAGUCCUUCCCAUAUCCCAAACCCAUAUGGGAAAUGGGUACCCAUUACCCGUACGGGGCGGAUAACGGGUACCCAUAAAUACCCAAAAUUUAAACCACUAAAAUUUUAACAAAAGUUUAAACUUAAUAUUCUUAAUUAGCCCAACAUAUUAGAAACAUAACUAGUAAUUAGCAGAACAAACCUAACUAGUAAUUAGGAGUCCAGAAUCUGUAAGCAGAAAAGAAAAGAGAAUGCGAAAUCAACAAACAACCCAAAUCAAGAAGAAUCAACAAAUUAAAUCUAACUAGUAAUUAACAGAACAAACCAAAUCAACAAACAACCCACACACUUUAAACUAUGCUGAAAAUUUAAAAUUCCCAAGGGGAAAAAAGAAAAGCUUCUCGUUCCUUCCACGGAGCUCAAACCUUAAUACCGGCGGGAUUUCCAUCAGUAAAUUAGUAGUGGGCUUUGCUUAAUUCCACGGAGCUCAAACAUAACUAGUAAUUAGCAUAACAAACCUAACUAGUAAUUGAGUCUUUGAGCAGAGCUGCUGCCGAGUGAGUGCUGAUGGACGUUUGCGGACGGCGGACUCGCGGUGCUCCUGGCCGGCUGCUGCUGAUCUGCUAUUGAAUGGAUUGGAGGCGGCUCAGUAGAGUGAGAAGAAGGAAGUCGCGGCGGUGAAUGAAGGAGGAAGCGGAGGCGUGGAGCUAGGUCUCGGCCGUCUCGCUGUCACUGAGACGCUGACUCGCUGAGUGCUUGAGUCUCACACUCUCAUUGUCUGAAAGUGAGAGGGAAUUGAAAGGGUAACUGGAUAAGGGCCGAAAUGGGCUGGGCUGUGCUGGGUAAUUGAUUUAUGAAUUAGUGAAUUGGGCUGGGAUGUGGGCUUAAAUGAAUUUCUAUUGAAUGGGUAUAACGGGUACCUAGGGAUGGCAAUCGGUCGGGUCGGGGACGGAUAGUGCAUAUCCGUUACCUUACCCAAAGUAGUUCGGGUUUUACCCAUACCCACAUGUGCAACGGGUAGAAAAUUAAAACCAUGCCCAUACCCGUUCGGGUUUCGGGUAUCCAUGGUUAUCCAUGGGUAAUGAUUUCUCUUCAUAACUCCAACCAAUAUGUUAACAUUCACACGUAUUCUCACAUUACGUAAGUAGAAAAAGUAUGACAAUAAUUCACUAGAAUGAAUAAAUUAAUUAAAA